AUGCAGUAUACUCCGUUUGUCUCUGAUAUUGAACUGCCCUUCUACACGGCUUUGGCCUCACACAAGAUCAACCAUGAUAAGCUGGACGACUCUGCGCGCCCGGUACUAGGGCUCUAUGAGAUUCGCUCCACAGACCCUGAAAAUGCUUCAUGUCGAAUGCAAAUCCAUGGGAAUGCGCUCACAAGUGCAGAAGCACCCGCGGGUUUUUACCGCGCAGAGGGAAUGAUUAGGAAUGUCAAUACGAUCGAGGAAUACCGCAACGUGGACAAGUCUCAAAUUAUACUCCAAACAGGGAAAACGAUUUGGGACGCCAUUAAUGACGGGACCAUAUACUCUUGCCCUUCCUUACUCUCAUCUUUCACCAUUUUAUCAUUUGCAGACUUGAAAAAAUACAAAUUCUACUAUUGGUUUGCGUUUCCCGCCCUCCACUCCGAUCCGUCGUGGGUGGAAUCCACAGGAUCACAGCCACAGACCUACCCAAGUGAACCGACCACAGCAUCACAGGGAGAAAGGUUACCGUCUGAUGAAAACUUGGCCUUGGUUGAGGCGGUCCAGACCUGGAGCUAUGCUACGGAUGACCGCCAGCGGGGAUUCUUCUUGGCCCGAAAGCAACGAACGACCUCUGGUUCCUCGACACAAAGCACCUGGCAGGUUGCUUCCCUGUCUGAAUAUGAGAAUGGGUUCUUCACUGGAGCGGCUCUCAAAGAUCGCUACGUAUGCUUUGCAGAUCCAUCUAAUUAUGAAAAUGCUCCGGGUUGGAUGUUGCGGAACCUGCUGAUUUUGGUAAAACAACGGUGGGGCCUUGAUCAGGUGCAAAUUCUACGAUAUCGCGACGUGCACUCAAAACGUGAUCAAGGUAGAAGUGCAGUGCUCCGACUGGAAUUGAAACAAGGAUUGGUCAAAGAUGCAGUGAAGCUGCCGGAAACUCAGGGCCAGCUGCCCAAAAUCACUGGCUGGGAGCGCAAUCCAGCAGGGAAACUGGCCGGGAGGAUUGUUAAUCUCACAGAUUACAUGGAUCCUGUAAGACUGGCAGACCAAUCAGUCGACCUCAACCUCAAACUUAUGAAGUGGCGAAUUAGCCCAACAUUGAAUCUAGAGAAGAUCAAACAGACCAAAUGUCUGUUACUUGGAGCGGGUACUCUAGGGAGCUAUGUUGCUCGAAAUUUAUUGGGGUGGGGGGUCAAAAAGAUCACAUUUGUUGACCAGGGCACUGUUUCAUUCUCUAAUCCCGUUCGACAGCCGUUGUUUGUUUUCACGGAUUGCCUGGAUGGCGGGGCACCCAAAGCCAUUCGGGCAUCCCAGGCUCUGACUGACAUCUACCCAGGAGUGGAAACCAUCGGCCAUGAGAUUACCGUACCCAUGGCAGGUCAUCCAAUCGUUGACGAAAACAAGACACGAGGGGACUUUGAGACCCUAAAGGCUCUCAUUGAUGAGCAUGAUGCCAUUUUUCUCCUCAUGGAUACUCGAGAAUCACGUUGGUUGCCCACCGUCAUGGGUAAGGCAGCAGGAAAGAUUGUGAUGAAUGCAGCCCUUGGGUUUGAUUCAUUUGUAGCAAUGCGUCAUGGCGUUUCCGGGGUGGGAGAUACAACGGCGGACCUUGGGUGCUAUUUCUGCAAUGAUGUCGUGGCACCAGCAAACUCCAUCAAGGAUCAGACCCUGGACCAACAAUGUACCGUCACGAGGCCCGGUGUUGCCGCUAUCGCCUCGGCAAUCCUAGUUGAACUUCUGGUGUCAGUCCUGCAGCACUCAGACGGCGUCUCUGCACCGGCCCCAUUAACCCGAACUGACGAACGCGGUGAUCAUCCCCUGGGACUUGUACCCCAUCAAAUACGUGGGUUCCUUGCAACAUUUGAAAACAUCACGGUCACUGGCAAGAGCUACCCCAGUUGCAGUGCCUGCUCAGAUAACGUGAUAAGGGCGUACAGAGAACAAGGUUGGGAUUUUGUGAGAAGAGCUUUGGAUCAGCCAGGGUAUGUGGAGGAACUAAGCGGCCUGAAAGAGGUUCAUGAAAAGGCUGAAGCAGCACUGGCCGGCAUUGACUGGGACGAGGCAGAAGAGAAUGAAGAAAAUGAAAUUUUGUAG